UUUUCAGUGGUUACUCGGUCUUGUAAUCAUCAACAUCCCGGAACCAUGAAGAUUUUCUGUUUAAUCCUGGGUUGCUUGUUUUAUUCGGUCCAAAGCCAGCUUGAUUUUUCUCGUAGGGGAAUAAAAACUGUAAGAAAUGUUACGAGUCCUGUUCAAGGACUACCGGGAGUAGCAAAUUUGGAACAAUUGGAGAAGGUGUUUUUACAAGACUGGCUUGAUUUCGGGACAAAAUUCAACAAAAAGUACAGCCCUAACGAGACAUCCUAUCGCAUGGCCAACUUCAUUCAAAACACACAUACCAUCAUAAAACUAACUUCUGAUGGCGUCCUUAACUUCGGAUUGAAGAUGAACGAAUUCGGGGAUAUGCUUUUCGACGAGUUCAACAAGGUGCUCAACGGCUUCAAUAGAAACGGCCAACUGCGACGUCUCUCACUGUCUUCUAAGGCGGGAACUUUUCUGCCCGAACCUGGAGAAUCCAUCCCGGAAAGCGUGGACUGGAGGGAGAAGGGGGCCGUUAGCCCUGUGAAGAACCAACAUCAGUGUCAAGCAUGCUGGGCUUUUUCAGUGGCUGGUUGUGUGGAAGGCCAGAUCGCCAGGAAGACAGGAAAAUUGGAGGAAGUCAGCAUUCAGCAUCUGAUAGACUGUGCUACCGGCCGAUAUGGCAAUGAAGGAUGUCGCGGAGGCUUCACCGAAGCUGGUUUUGAUUUCGUUCAGGACAAUGGAGUCAACAGCUAUUCGGAAUACCCAUACGAGGCAGUUGAUGAUGCCUGUAGGCCCAAGAAUAAUACAAUUAUUAAAACACAAAGUUACAUCAGAAUUCCGAAAGGCGAUGAAGAGGCCUUGGCCCAGGCUCUGGCCAAGUUUGGACCCAUAUCCACCGCCAUCCAUGUUACCGAAAAUUUCCAAUUCUACGGUGAUAAAAUCUUCGACGACCCAAAGUGUGGUAACACACCCGACGACCUAAACCACGCUGUACUCAUAGUUGGCUAUGGACAGGAGGCCGACGGCAGGAAAUUCUGGCUGGUGAAGAACUCCUACGGGACAACCUGGGGGUUGGAUGGGUACUUCAAGGUAGCUAAAGACGAAGGGAAUAAAUGUGGAAUCGCCACCUAUGCUAGCUUUCCGAGGGUUUUUCCCGAGCAAUUUGAUUGGAGGGACAAAGGUCUCGUUACGAAAGUAAAAGACCAAUUGAGCUGCGAUGGCAGUUUUUACUUUGCCGCUCUUGAUGUCAUUGCAAGUCACCAUUACCUGAAGACUGGUGAAACUUUAGAUUUAAGUGAACAAUACGUUUUGGAUUGUUCUCUUGGUUUCAACAAUGGAUGCAAUGGUGGAGGACUUUUAAACUCUAUAGAUUUUGUUAGGAUGAGAGGUGUUGUACUGGAAGAAGAUUAUCCCUACUCAGGCACUGCAGGAACUUGCAAAAUUAACAGUUCCCAUAGCCUUUUCAGAACAAUAGGUUACGUAAUAUUGGCUAGAGACGAAGAGGUGAUCAAAACUGUGGUUGGUACAAUUGGGCCGGUGGGAGUGACUUUUAAAGGACAAAGUUUGGACUCUUAUUCUGGUGGAAUAUACAAUGAUCCCGACUGUCAGUUAGGUCAGUCAUACUCUGGUGUUAUUGUUGGGUAUGGUACUUCCGAUGAAGGAGAAGACUAUUGGACUGUGAAGAUGUCUUACGGCGCGAGUUGGGGUGAAGAAGGUUUCAUGAGACUUGAAUUCACUGCUAUGAGGAUAUUUAUAGUUUUCAUCUGUACCAUUUUGGUAGUAAAGGGUACUUCUAUCGAGGAGCAGUGGCAAUCAUUUAAGGAUAACGUUGGAAAGCACUAUAGAAGCCGGUUGGAAGAAUCCACUCGCUUCCAGAUAUUCAAAGAUAAUGUUUACAAAAUUGAAGAACACAAUCGGAGGUUUGCCCGUGGGGAGGUGUCCUACAAACUAGCUGUGAAUAAAUUCGCUGACUUGACGGAAGAGGAGUUCAAAGCCAGAUUGAACCCACGACCAGCCGUAGAAAUUGCUCACCCAACACCGGUUUUUGGUAAUUUUGAUGAUACCGAUGUUCCAGAUGAGCUAGAUUGGAGGGACAAAGGGGCAGUCACGGGUGUUAAAGACCAAGGAAAUUGCGGAGGAUGUUGGGCAUUUGGUGCAACUGGUGUUUUGGAAGGCCAAUACUUCCUGAAAACUGGCAAAUUAGAGAGUUUUAGUGAACAAUUCUUAAUAGAUUGCUCUAUGAUGAACAACGGAUGCUCUGGAGGUUGGACACUUAACGCAUAUCGUAGUGUUAGAGAUAUUGGAAUGGUAACCGAUAAAAGCUAUCCGUAUGAAGCAGCAGACAAAGCGUGUAGAGCUAACGGUACAUUUUUUAAGGAUAUAGGCAUCGUUACCAUCCCCCAGGAUGAAAAUGCUAUAAAAGCCGCUGUUGCAAAGAUCGGUCCAGUCUCAGUAUCUAUAGAUGCCAGUUACUUGUACCUCUAUGGAGGAGGAGUGUUUGACAACGAUAGGUGCAGUACUACUUUUACCAACCAUGUGGUGCUCAUAGUUGGUUAUGGCACUACUUCAGAUGGUAUUGACUAUUGGGAGGUGAAAAACUCCUGGGGUGCUGACUGGGGGGUUGAAGGCUACGUCAAAAUGUCUCGCAACAAAAAUAGUCAGUGUGCCAUCGCCUCUGGCGCUGAUUAUGUAGUCAUAUAGGAAAUCACCGGAUACAAAUUUUGUGAAAGAUCGACUGCUUAAAUAAAUUUGAAAUGUGUA